AUAUCCAUUUGGUAUAACCUCGUUUGGUCAGUUUUUAAUCUGGACAGACUGGGAUGCUCGCACAAUUCAACAAUACGAUAGACAGAGUUUCAUACUUCAGCCUGCCAUUAGGAGUUUUCGCGGCAGUUCGGGCGCAUUUUACGAGAUUAAAGUCGUUCAAAAACCUAAAGAUAUAGGUAUGACUAAACUUUGUUUUCUUGUCAACGUUUCCCAAAGGUGGUCAAACCAAAAAACAUUGUCCCCUAGCCAGGUUUCUCGAAGACUGGCAAACCAGGAACACGUGAGUUUUCUGGGGCCGGUUCACUAUUUUGUAGUUAAAUAGUGAUUAACUCUUAAAUACGCGCUUCUUAUUGGAUGACGUUUCCACUAACUAUAGUUAACUUUAAUCACUUUUUUACAGGGGUGGAUUUAUAGGGGGGGUGCACACCCCCUGUUGGCCUUGAUCAACAGGGGUGCAAAGGUGGGUGCAAAAAAAUCAAAUUCAGAAAUAUGGCACAAUUUCCAAGGUUUUUCCUUUUUUGAAGUCAAACUGAAGCUCAUAAUUCAAUGCCCAUAUUGCAGGAAAUAGCAUUUCUGGGGUUCUAAUUUCAAAAUUUUCCGAGGGGCAUACCCCUGGACCCCCUAGGGAGCUUGCGCCUUCCGCGCUCAAGUCGUUAGGAAGCCAGUUCAUUUGAAUGAUCUUCCACCACCCCCUAAAGAAUUAUAAAGAAACACUCGGCUGCUCACCCAGCUCCCCCCUAGAAAAACCUUGCUGGAUCCACCCUUGCUUUUUUAUACAACCGGCCCCUGACCAUGUUUCCCGAAGGUGGACAAACCAGGAAACGAGGAACGAUGAAAUUGCUAAGUAAUAUUUCAUUUGCUAAUAUUUAAUUUGAAAAACAAACAAAUCGUUUUAUUUCAGACUCUCACGAAUGCAGCAAGAAUAACGGAGGAUGUUCAAGCUUAUGUUUACCCAAGCCAGGUGGGCGUACGUGCGCAUGCGCGAAUGGUUACUAUCUGGUAAGCAAAGAAGAUACCUUGAGAUUGAGGGGCCUAGGUUCUGGUUUGGGAUCAGGAUCAGGGAUAGGAUCAGUGAUAGGAUCAGGUUUGAAUGUGACGAUGUCUGGUUCAGGACAAGGGGGCUCUGGGUCUGGUGGAUCAGGCAUUAAACCUAAGUCAGGGCCCACCCUGACCCUGAUUUCAUCUUCGAAUAACAAUAUUACUUCGGGCGAGGCGAUUUGUGUUGAUGAGGAAACUUAUAAAUAUUUAGACAAUCUUUCGUAG